CGCGGUCGCGACCGCCGCGCGGGCGGGGGACUGUCUAACUCGCGCGUUUCGUCGGGCUAUCGUCUUUCCGUUCGUGCAUGAGUGCGGCGACGCCGACGCUCACCGGCUGCGCGCGAGCGGAGACGACGACGAAAUCGUCGGUUGAGGCGAACGACGACGCCACCGCCGGCGUCGAAGGUUUACGACGCAGGUCCGCGUCGAGCCCGCUCGAACAGGCUCCGUCGACGACGUCGGUGGAUCCGGACGCGAUUUCAGGGGAUGACGAGCGCUUGGACGGCGCGCAGGGGGGAGCGCCUCCGCAGCGCGCGUUCUUGAGCGCGUUAGAAGGUGAAAAAGGGGCGCCAUCGCGAGGGGACCGCGACGACGCCGGGAUGACGGACUGCAACAUCUGCUUCGAGGUCGCGUGCGACCCGGUCGUGACGCAGUGCGGACACCUGUAUUGCUGGUCGUGCAUAUACAAGUGGUUGCAAGUUUUCAACGAGGCGCAGUUGUGCCCGGUGUGCAAGGCGGGGGUGUGCGAGGAGCUGGUUAUCCCGCUGUACGGAAGAGGGACGUCCGGGGAGGACCCUAGGCAUAAGAAACUAGACGUCCCUAUGCGCCCGAGCGGGUUGCGACUCUCCGCGCAGGCGCCUAGGUCGCCUCUGCGCGGCGACUACGCGGGCGGGCCGAACACCACGCCGUUUAUGUUUCGCCUCGAGUCCUUGCUCGGCCUCGGGACGCAGUUCGCGACCGGGGUGAGGUCCACGUGGCGCAGGCAGAUUUUGUCCCCGGAGCAAGAGCAGCAGUCGUUCUUAUCGCGUCUGUUGCUCUUGCUCGGGACGUUCGUGAUCAUGUGUUUGCUCGUGUUUUAAACCCGAGCUCCGUAGUUCUCUAGCCUUUUUACGACCGAGUGACGUCGUGUUC